AUGUCAAAGCUCCUGGGCAUGAUGAAUGCGCUCCGAGGAAUUCUCCCAAACGUAGGAGGUCCCCGGACAGAAGUGAGACGAUUAUAUAUGAGUAUCUUUAACUCCAUAGCUCUGUAUGGGGCUCCCAUCUGGGCUGAAGAGGUGCUAGGGAAUCCAACGGUGACGAAGGCGAUUCUUAGAAUCCAGAAGAUGCUGGCAAUAAGGAUUUGCUGCGGAUAUAGAACAAUGGCACUUCAAGCAGCCUUUGUAUUAGCCCGAACUCCGCCGGUGACUAUUGUAAUUAGGAAGUUUCUAGAUGCCUGGGAAGAACAGCUUAGACUCCCGGAACAUGAAAAUCAGCGAGUGGUGUCCUCGUUUUUACCAGUUUUUGGAAUAUGGUUGAAGAGUGCAGAAAGAGUAACCUUCAGAACCACACAAAUCCUUAGUGGCCAUGGGUGUUUCGCAAAAUACUUGUGCCGCAUUGGAAAGGAAGAAUCGGAGAAUUGCUUUCAUUCAUGGGACGCACAUAGAAGUACCAUUCUGGGCAUCUUGGGAGGCUGUCGGGACGUAGGAGAAGUGGUACAAGCGGCACUGAUGUCGAAGUCGCAUUGGGAAGCCUUCACCACAUUUUGCGAGAAG